UUAUUUCGAUUCCUAUCCAACGAUUCAGUUGGCAACGGCCCGCACUGUGAAACGGUCAGCUGUACGCUUUUUUCACUCCGCCAAGCAAAUACAAUUCAAGAGUUCUCUGUCUAUGUGUGUUUUGAAAUAUUCUUCUAAAUAUUUGGAAUCUUGGGUGCCGCGUGUGUUAUUUUGAGUUAUCGCGAUUGCGGCUAAGUGCAAUUAGUGCCACAAAUUUAGUGCAAUGAAUUGGGAAAUUUAUUUCUCUGGCCAGGCGCAUCAUUAGCAAAUGAAUUUACCAAAAAGAUAUUAUUAGUGAGUGAGCUCGCGUGAGUUUAAGAUUAGUGUUCAAGUUCCAGUUGUGCUAAGAUUUUCCAAGGGUACCGUACAAUCUGCAACCGCUCACAGAUUUGGGGAUUCGUUAAAAGUGAAAAAAAUCAGCAGGCAGAGUUUGAGGGGAAAACAAUCCGACUGCAAAUGCAAUAAGCCGUCAACAAAAGCCCCGUCUUAGCCACAGACAAAAAAGGGAAAAGGCCAGCAUCAAAAACGGGGACAACAGCAGGGUUUUCGCCAGGAUUGCGUUCUUGUUCUUUGAACACAGGUGCGACGCGGCUGCGCCCGUGCCCGUGUCCUUGGCAGGAUCUGUGACGUUGCCAGUAGCCACCAUGAAGCUGUCCAAGCUGUCCAACCAGACCAACUCGCAGGAUCCGCAGGCGGUCAACUCGCGCAUCUUUGUGGGCAAUCUGAAUACCUUCCAGUGCUCCAAAACGGACGUGGAGCGCAUGUUUCAGAUCUAUGGCCGCCUCGCGGGCAUAUCCAUGCAUAAGGGCUAUGCCUUUGUGCAGUUCACCAAUCCAUUCGAUGCCCGGAAUGCCUGCCACGGCGAGGAUGGCAAGACGGUCCUCAGCCAGACAUUAGAUGUCAACAUGGUGGCCGAACCGAAAGCGCAUCAGAUCGGAAGGAAAAGGCAGAAUGUGAGCAAGACCGGAAACGAUUGGGACUACUUCUACGACAGCUACUGCUCCUCGGCGCUGCUGCGCGGUGGCGGGGGUGCAGGCGGGGGCGGUUCGAAUGGAGUGCGGGCCAAGAAGCGAAAGCGUCUGAUGACCAACGGCGGCGGUCUCGCAGUGGCUGUGCAACAGCAACAACAACAGCAUCAUCACAGUGCGGCCGCGGUGGCCGCUGCUGCGGCAGCCGCCGUCCAUCAGCAACAGCAGCAGGUGCAGCAGCAGCAACAGCAACACCAUCAGCAGCAACAGCAGCAGCACCAGCAGCAGGUUGCUGCCGUUGCGAUGGCGGCCAUGGCCAAUUUGUUGCCGCAGCAGCAGUUGCUGCUGCAUCAGCAGAAUCUGCUAUCGAAUGCGGCGGUGGCCACAACGGUAACGGCGGCUCCGGGUUCCAUUCACUGGUCGCAAUACAAACAGGAGCAGCAGCACCACCCACAUGCGCACCACCCGCACCACCAGCAACCGUUCGGAUUCCAGCUGAAGAGCAGCGUGGCUGUCCAGGCGACGACAUCGCCGCAAAAUGCAAAGUCUGCAAUAAUUGCUAAUCAAACGGCGCUCGGCGAGCCAUAUCCGGUUGGAGCCGCCGCCUUUGCCGCCCAUCAGCAGCAACAUCAGCAUCAGCAGCAGCAGCACCAGCACCAGCAGCAUCAGCAACAUCAGCAACCGUUGCUGCAGCCGUUGACUCUGGCAUUGUCCCCACAGCAACCGCAGCCUCAUCAGGCGGCAACGCCACUACAAUUGCACAGCCAAUUGAUGCAGCAACAUCAACAGCAGCAGCAGCAGCAGCAGCAGCAGCAACAACAGCAGCAGCACAACCAACAGCAGCAACAUGCUCAGGAGCAAUUAAGUUUGCAUCAGCAAUGGGGACCAUUCAAAGUCUACAGCAAUCCGGAUACAUUAAUCUGCGGCAAUUGCCGGGAAUCCUUUGGCGAGCUGUCUGAGUUAUUGGACCACAAGAAAAGUUAUUGCAAACUGAGGUUCACAUGCAAGUGCCAGGAUGUUGCCUUUGCGGCAAGUGCAAAGACUCCGCCGACGAGCGCCAAAUUGCUGUGCGCCGUUUGCAAGGAUGCGUUCGUCAAUCCUUGGGAUUUGAUGGUCCACGCACAGGCCGCCCACAUGGUUAACAUUUACGAGCUGGGCGAUGAUGAGGGCAGCAGCAGCAGCAACAGCAACAGCAAUGCCACCACAGCCAACAGCAACAAUGUUGCAAAUGCAGCCGUGGAGAAUGGCCAUACCAUCGCCGAUGAGGCUGCCACAAAGCAGCAGAUGCCGCAGAUGCCGGAUGCCUCAUCAACACUUAACAAGGAGCCCAAUAACAAUAAUAAAAUUAGCAACAACAAUAUCAACAGUGAGGCCAUCAAUGGCCACAUGUCGCCCACGGGAACGGGCAUCAUUAUGGCAUCGGUAUCUACGGCUGAGAAUGGAAUGGCCAGCGACAUGGAGACCAACUGUCUGGACAUCAAGUUCAGCCCCAGUGCCAGUCCCAAGGAGGCGGGUGACAUGAUUACCGCCGCACCAGGCAGUGGUUCUCAUUCCCCAGUGAUUCCGUUACAGGAUCAGCAUAGGGAUGAUCUCUCCCUGGACGGACGCAUGUCGAGCAGCUCCCAGCAGACCCAUCACUCCGACGAACUGAACGUCAAGCUGCUGAAUGGGUCCGUCUCCUCGAGGGGCAGCUCGCCCGGAUUGGAGGCGGAUGAGCCGCCGGCCACAAGGGCUUGCAUUGUCCGCACCUUAAGCAUUGAAACAGCCGGCUCACCCACAGCGCCAACUGCCAAUACUUUGAGCCUGAUGUCGAACAGUUUAGGCCUGGCUCUCGCACCGCAAUAGGUCAAAGUUCGCGGGGAGGGUCAACAGCAUUUGGAAAGGGUUCAGAAGACUCCCUUUGGAGCGGUGUUAUUUGUGCUAUCGUAUGGCGAUACAAGUGCAAUUUCUUCAGUAUUUUUAUAACAGACUAACCUUGGAGGGAGCUAAUAAGUUCGAAGGAGAAAAAGAACGAAUAACGUAAAUUACAGCAAACAUAUCAUUUUUAAUUAGCCAUAGAUAUGAAAUACGAGCUGCUAUAGUAUAUAUAGUGUACUGCGUACUAUAUAUAUCAAUUACAGACAUGUGUACGUUUAUAUGUAAUGUAUUUGUAUUUGUAUUUGUAAUUGUAAUUGUAACUGCAAAACGCCUUUGUGUUUGUGUUGUUUGCAUGUCCUUUGGGUUUAGCGUUUCAAACGUAAGUGUAUUUAUUUGGGUUUCAAAACUGCAUAAGUGAACGUAUAGGUAAAAUUAUGGAAAGCUUAAACUGUCAUCGCCUGUCGGCGGUGCAAAUUGAACGGUAAUCGAGCUUUGUAUAUAGUUAAUACCAAUAAUAUGGAUACAAAUUACGGAAUUAUAAGAUCAUUGUUAUUAACCAGACACAAUCGUCUGGUGCUGGCUUUAACCGAUGUUUAUAUAUUUUGGAUAUAAUUUACGAAACAAAUUAAUCGUAGUUGGUACCAAAUUAGCCCACGCAAAUUGUAUAUCAAAAGUAGCAUAGUGACAACAGGUGUUUCAAAAACAAAUUCGGAGUAACUUGCUAUACAUUAUCUAGAAUCAUAAUCAAAUAUGCGUAAUAUUAAUAGCGACUAUAUUCUGUAAUAACUAUAUCAAAAGUAGCGGCUAUGUAAAUAGGUUAAUCAACGUAUUAUGUACUUACCAAGCAAACCAAUUUGUAAACAGUAACAACAUUCAAUUCAAUGUCCUCCAGCUAAAGCAUAUAAACCAACAAAUGAAAUGUAUUAUGCUAAAUGAGAAUACCAAAUAUAUAUAUAAAGAUAUAUAUAUACAAAUAUAUAAUUGAUUGAG